UACAACUAACAAACAUUGUUCGGCCAACAGUAUUUAAGCGUUUUCUGAUCACAAUUGGCCAAGAGUCGCAUAAUGGCUUUCUCCACCUCCGUUACAGUGCUUUUAGCGAUCUUUGCCAUCGGUUUUGUGGCAGCUGAUCUUCGCUCGGAUCUUAAAGAUUUUGUGGCUCUGCUGCCGAGACGUCGGAUCGGCUUCAUUGCCGCCAGAUAUUAUAUUUUUGAUCCAAAGUUCCGUCAGUCUGUGGAGUAUAUACGCAGCAAUGAUUUUAUAAGUACCUGGCAGAAAGUGCGGGAAGCCCCCGAUUUUGUGAACAUCAUUAAUUACCUGAGCGACUAUGGAUCGGGCUACGACAUUACAAGUAUAGUGGAUAGUUUACCCACUCGCCUCCGAGCUUACCAGCUGUCGCGCACUGUACCCGUGGAACUGAUGCUGCGUCGCGAUCUCACCACCUUCCUCCAAGAUUCCAUCCAGAGUCUUCCACGGGCCAGGAUCUAUUCGUUGAUGUCCCAAAAAGUGCGCCAGGAUGGGGAAUUCGCUAAGCUCUACAAGGCUCUCAGGGAUAAGGAGUUCAAGGAGCUGGUGCAGCGAGCCAGGCAUUCUGGAGAGAUACAAGCCCCCUUAAAGAAGUUUAAGCAAAAUUUCAUCAAUGUUGAUGAACUUAUUCAAAUGGUUUUCGAAGUAAUAAGUUGGGGACCCCAGGUUGCCUAAACAAAUACACUUUUAGAGAGCUUAAUAUUAUUUAUAUACUUAUAAUUUAUUUUUCUUAAUAGAUACAUUUUUGUCAAUAAAUAAUUAUUUAUAUAUCUAUUAUAAUAGAGUCUUAAGAUGCAUGUCUCAAAUUAUUUCUAGAUCGAUUCUUUCAGUAGUCAUUUCAAAAUUGCUCAUGCAAAAUCAUACUUCUGGGUCUGGUAUCCUUUAUCUUGCUGUCACUACAAUGUGGAAAAUCAGCAAAAAAGGGAAAUUCUCAUUGCCAGGUGCUGCCACACACGCACAAUAUGCAGUCAUUAGUGCAACACGGAUCCAGGUCGAUGUAAGAAUAGUGAAGUGGGUGCUGGGAAAUGCACAUUGCGAUGCAAUUCCCCCCAGGAAGCCCCA